AGAGAGCACGUUAGCGUACGUGACGCAGGCGCGCUGAGGACCAGGCUCCUUCGAGCACAUGCGCACUAGCUGAACGGCUCUCUCAGCGCUUCUCCCUCCCGCCCUUCGCGGCCUGUCGCGGGAGAGUGAGGGGCUCAGUGUGCGCCGGCGCAGUGCGCAGGGACUUGCCCACGUGAGGCGCCGCUCAGUGACUGGCGGGAGGCGCUGCGCCAGCCGGGGGUGCCGGCGGCGGCGGGAGGCGGAGCCGGGGGCGCUUGGCUGCGGCCGGGAUGCGCCGGACGACAACGAGGGACAGAGCUGCCCUUCGAGAUCAUAAUGCAGCAGAAAAAUGAAAGAACAUAGAAGAAAUUUAAAUUGGAAAAGAAGUCGAUUGCUGUUCCUUUCUAGAAGAUGGACCACUGGAUUUUGGGGGCUCAGGAAAUACUGCUUACAAAAGAAGCAUUUUUUCCUAGCUAAGAGAAAAAGACAAAGUGCUCAAUCAGUUGUGAGCCUAAACCGGAACAAAGCGUCCCGAUCUCUCCAGUGCAGAAGAAAGGCACUCAGACUCCAGAGUGAGUGGGUUCCUGAAGUGCUUCUAAAUGCAAAAAAAAAUAAAAAACCAACUGCUGAACACAGCACCUUGUCUAGAAAAACGUCCAGAAGGGCAAAAAAGCCCUUUCCUGAUGGCAAAACUGGAAGCCCAUGUGCAGAGGCAAUAGAGAAGUUGGACAAUGAAUCCUUUCAGGGUGAAGAUCUCUUGAACAGAGUCACUGGAUUACAAGCAGACACUAACCUUGGCUGCAUGCAUGGUAAUGACCACAGUGCCUUUUGUGGUGGGCUGUGCGACGCUAUCUUACCUGUAAAGAAGAAUGAUUUCACACCCAGUGGAGAGGAACGCAAUAAGGAUGAAGGCAAUGCAGUCUUAGUAGUCUUAAACAAUAGUAAAAGAAGGUGCUGUUGCAGAGGGCUAGAGCAGAAUGGAACUUGUGGCCCCUUGACUACUAGAAAGAGGUCCAGAUUUAACCAGUACACUGUAAAAAAGAUCCCUGCAUUUAUGAUGCAUAAGAAACUUUCUAUGAUUAGGUUUCGGGAUAGAAUCAUAAAAUCCCCAAAACUUAGAGCAAGAGGCAAAACGUGCAAAUCAAGUAAAAUCAAGCCAAGCUGGGUGGAGAAAGUUACGAGGGACUGUCAAGAGAAUCUUCAAGGAGAUUUUGAAGGUGGAUUUUGUAACUGGUUUUCCUGCUGGAAAUCUAAAAAUAACUCCUUUUGGAACCUGUGUAGCUCAUCAGAUAUGAACAAUAAUACACCAGGACCUGUAGCUGAGGAGAAUAAGACACCUGCAUCCGACAUCUGCCUUACCCACGAUGCAUUACAACAUGAUGAGCUACAUUCUGAGGAACCUGCAUCCAGAGACGGCAGUGUUAAAAUCUGCCAACCAGAGCUGCACAAAACAGCUCCUUUGGGUACAGAGCCCUUGCACAGGACGGAAACAAACGAGGCUCCUGUAGUGGACAGUUGCCAUGAGGAUCUUUUCCUCUCAGUAACAGAGAGAGAAAUUGCAAUUUCAGGUCAAGAAGAUGCAGAAUCUAAUCAGGUUAUGUGCGUUGAUGAAAUGAUAUUGUUAGAAUCCUGCAAGGGGGAUUCAAAUAUGAACAAUAACCUUGCAAAUGGACCUUUUUUGGUGGAGCUGGCACAAAAUGAAGACAGCUCUUCCCAGAUGGAAGUCGAAGGCUCCAUAAAUCUGGACAUUUUUAGUGCAAAGUUACUAGAUCACCCUUACUGUAAAAGCCCCCUAGAGGAGCCUUUGCCAGAAAGCACAGGACUAAAAUCAGGAGCUCGAAAGGGAGGCAGAAGGAACAGUCAGAAAGUUUCUCGUGUGGCUGAUGAGCAGUUAUCAACAUGGAUUUGUGGAUUCCUAGAUGAAGUGAUGAAGAAAUAUGGCAGUUUAGUUCCACUCUGUGAAAAAGAUGUCAUGGCAAGAUUAAAGGAAGUCUUUAAUGAAGAUUUCUCCCAUAGAAAGCCUUUUAUCAGUAGGGAAAUCAUGAAGUAUCGGACAAGGCAUCCAAAAUCUUCCACUUGCAAUUUCCGGGUCUUCUAUAAUAAGCACAUGCUAGAUAUGGAUGAUCUGGCUACACUGGAUGGUCAGAACUGGCUAAAUGACCAGAUUAUUAAUAUGUAUGGUGAACUCAUAAUGGAUGCAGUCCCUGACAAGGUUCAUUUUUUUAACAGCUUUUUUCAUAGACAGCUGGUAACCAAAGGAUAUAAUGGUGUAAAACGAUGGACUAAAAAGGUGGACUUGUUCAAAAAGACUCUCCUGUUAAUUCCUAUUCAUCUGGAAGUCCACUGGUCCCUCAUUACUGUGAACAUCCCUAACCGAAUUAUUUCAUUUUACGAUUCCCAAGGCAUUCAUUUUAAAUUUUGUGUAGAGAACAUACGAAAGUAUUUACUGACUGAAGCAAGAGAGAAGAAUCAUCCUGAGUUUCUUCAGGGAUGGCAAACAGCUGUUACAAAGUGCAUUCCACAACAGAAAAAUGACAGUGACUGUGGGGUUUUUGUGCUCCAGCUUUUUCAUUUUCCUCAGUACUGCAAGUGCCUCGCCUUAGACCAGCCUUUUCAGUUCUCCCAGGAAGAUAUGCCACGAGUAAGAAAAAGGAUUUACAAGGAGCUGUGUGAGCGCCAGCUAAUAGAUUAACAGUAAUAAGAAAAGUCGAGCUAUUUCUCUGGCAUUUCUGAAGAGUUCCAGCUGGUGUUCGUGUACUUGAAUUUCUGAAAACUUCCGUGAAUUUCAAAUGACUCUCAGCUGAGUGGUGUGGCCACGAUGUUACCUCAACUUUUUCUGCUCUUUCCCUGGCAGGACUUAACAGAGCUGCCACAAAAUAUUCCUAAUGUCAGUUCGGUUUCCUCUUUUAUGUUCUUUCCUGUAUUUAAUAUUUAUUAUCAACGCAUGCGUAUAGGCAAAGCAUGCGACUAAAAAAAAAAAAGUAUAAAACUGUAGAUUUGGUGCACCUUUGAAAUGUAGCUAGAAAUGACAGAAUACAGGUUAAAAAUUUGUCUGACAACAUAAAGAUGCAUGAUCCGUUUUCUGAUGCAAUAAUGCUUUGAAUGUAUCAAAAAAUUCAAUGCCAUAAAAAGAGCAGCUAGAACCUUUUUUUGAAAACUCAGAUUAUUCCAUUUUUCUCAUUGUGGCUGUGUAGUACUGAGUGCCCGCUUUUUGGGGGGCGGGGGGAGGGCUGGAUAAAUCUGCCUACAGACUUUGUGUGGAGACCCCCUCUGAAUAGAGUUGAAGUCACUAAUAAAAAAAAUUGUUCUCUGUUAACCUUUAUCUAGCUGUCGUUCUCACCCUGUUCCAUGUGGUUGAAAAGCAGCCUUUGCACAAAUGAAACUUCGGCACUUGACUGUCUAAUAAAACGUGGAGAUAUUCAGCUA